GCCCUGCCUCCGCGCCCGCCCCCCUCAGCCAGCGCCUCAGCCGCCGCCGCCUCGGGAGGAAGCGCGGCCGCCGCCGAGCGACCAUGAGCGGCUCCGGGCCCCCGCCGCCGCCCGACCUCGGGCCGAGCCCCGGGCCCGGGGGGGAUUCCGAGCCGCCGCCCCCGUCGAUGCUGAGCGUCGACCUGGCCGGGCUGGUGUCGCAGUUCGCGCGGAGCUUCGCGCUGGUGUUCCCCGUGUACGUGCUGGGCUACCUGGGGCUGAGCUUCAGCUGGGUGCUCGUCGCCCUGUGCUGCCUCUUCUGGGUGCAGAGGCACCGGGGCGGCAAGAGCUCCCGCCUCGGCCGGGCCCUCGCCUUCCUCCACGACGAGGAGCGGGCCGUGCGGCUCGCCGUCUCCACCGGCGACCUGCCCGCAUGGGUUCAUUUUCCAGACACAGAGAGAGCAGAAUGGUUGAAUAAGACCGUGAAACACAUGUGGCCUUUCAUUUGCCAGUUUAUUGAGAAACUUUUCCGUGAAACUAUAGAACCAGCAGUGAGAGGAGCAAGCAACCAUCUAAGCACCUUCAGUUUCACAAAAAUUGAUAUAGGUCAUCAGCCCCUUAGGAUUAAUGGUGUUAAAGUGUACACUGAGAAUGUGGAUAAAAGGCAGAUCAUUUUGGAUCUUCAGAUCAGUUUCGUUGGUAAUUGUGAAAUUGACUUGGAAAUCAAGAGAUACUUUUGUAGAGCUGGUGUGAAGAGCAUACAGAUUCAUGGUACAAUGAGAGUUAUAUUGGAACCGCUACUUGGAGACAUGCCCUUAAUUGGAGCACUUUCUCUAUUUUUCCUUAGAAAGCCACUUUUAGAAAUUAACUGGACAGGACUGACCAAUCUUCUGGAUAUUCCCGGACUAAAUGGUUUAUCAGACACUAUAAUCCUAGAUAUUAUAUCGAAUUAUCUGGUGCUUCCGAAUCGGAUCACUGUUCCUCUUGUUAGUGAGCUGCAGAUUGCACAAUUGCGGUUCCCCAUACCAAAGGGUGUACUACGAAUACACUUCCUUGAAGCUCAGGAUCUAGAGAGAAAAGAUACUUAUCUAAAGGGAACCAUUAAGGGAAAGUCUGAUCCUUACGGAAUAAUUCGUGUUGGCAAUCAAAUUUUCCAAAGCAAAGUCAUCAAAGAAAAUCUCAAUCCAAAGUGGAAUGAAGUUUACGAGGCUUUAGUAUAUGAGCAUCCAGGACAGGAGUUGGAGAUUGAACUAUUUGAUGAAGACCCAGACAAGGAUGAUUUUCUGGGAAGCCUAAUGAUUGACCUAGUUGAGGUUGAAAAGGAACGCUACCUGGAUGAGUGGUUUACUUUGGAUGAAGUCUCCAAAGGAAAAUUGCAUUUAAAACUCGAGUGGCUCACAUUGAUGCCUACUAUAGAGACUCUUGACCAGGUGCUAAAAAGCAUUAGAGCUGAUAAAGACCAAGCCAAUGACGGGCUUUCAUCAGCAUUGCUUAUUCUCUAUUUGGAUUCAGCAAGAAACCUACCAAGUAUCUACGAGGGAAGCUUUGGGUGUGGAUACUUAAAAGAGAGGAGAGCAUCGGGACUAGUCUUUUGUGAAAAUACUACCUCACUCUAUAGAGCACUAUUUUCAGGAAAGAAAGUUAACAGCAAUCCCAAUCCACUUGUCUCGUUGACUGUUGGUCACAAGGAACAGACAAGUAAGAUUCGCUACAAGACCAAUGAACCUGUCUGGGAAGAAAACUUCACUUUCUUCGUUCACAACCCAAGACGGCAAGAGCUAGAAGUUGAGGUCAAGGAUGAUCAACACCAGUGCUCCUUGGGAACCUUCAAGCUUCCUCUAAACCAGCUCCUGGCAAGCGAAGGUCUAACUAUGCAUCAGAGAUUUCAUCUUAGCAACUCUGGUCCAAACAGCACUAUAAGCAUGAAGAUUGCACUCAGGAUCCUUUCUCUUCAAAGACAAGAGAGGCCUCCAGAUCACCAACACUCGGCCCAAGUAAAGAGGCCCUCUGUUGCCAAAGAUGCAAGAAAAGGUUCUUUCAAGCCUCAGGUCCCUGUUUCUCCACCAGCUGACUUGAACAAACCUGCCCCUGCUUCCACAGUAACAGACACUGAAAAAAAGACUGACGAGUUUGAAAAAAGUCAUCCCCCUAACCCCAGUCCUCAGUGGCCGACUGAUCUCAGCCGAAGCUCCUCCAGUCUCCUUGCCUCCAAUCUGAGCUAUUCACCCAGCCAUCUGUCAAUCAAAGAGCCUACUCCAAGUAUAGCCUCGGACAUAUCACUACCCAUCGCUACUCAGGAGCUACGGCAGCGGCUAAGACAACUAGAAAAUGGCACAACAUUAGGACAGUCUCCAUUGGGGCAGAUUCAGUUAACAAUUCGUCACAGCUCACAAAGAAAUAAACUUAUAGUGGUGGUACACUCAUGCAGAAAUUUAAUCGCCUUUUCGGAAGAGGGAUCUGAUCCGUACGUCCGAAUGUAUUUAUUGCCUGACAAAAGAAGAUCAGGAAGAAGAAAAACAAAUGUUUUGAAGAAGAAUUUAAAUCCAUUAUUUGAUCAAAGCUUUGAUUUCAGUGUUUCGUUACCGGAGGUGCAAAGAAGAACUCUAGAUGUAGCAGUCAAGAACAGUGGAGGUUUCCUGUCCAAAGACAAAGGGCUGCUUGGUAAGGUAUUGAUACCACUGGCUUCUGAAGAACUUGCCAAAGGUUGUACCCAGUGGUAUGAUUUGACAGAAGAUGGCACAAAGCCACACGUCGCACCUUAGGCAGCUUUGGAUGCCAGAAGAUCCUGUUCAGCAUACUUUUUGCCAACCUUUAUAUAUUUUAUCAGCAUUGUUAACACAGAUGUAACAAUAUUAUUUUUAUAACUUUUAGUUAAUAGGCACCCCCACCCCCCACCGUUUUAUAACACCUGGACAUUUUAUGUAGGUUUGUCCGCAUAAUCAUUAUACGUUCUUUUCUUCAUUUGCUACAGUUAUUUUAAUGUGCAAUAGGGGGUUAUAGAGCAACAAUUUGUUUCAGUGGAACCUUUUAUGGCACUUGUACCCUUGACAGAAGUGAGAAGACAGUGUAUCUCGCCAAGGAGUCUGCCAUGUAAAUAGAAAGUAUUUUUUUAUCAUUUUUCCUCAACUAUUUGACGGCAGAAGAAAAUAUCAAAGCAAAUCAAGAAUUUUCUUCUAAAUGCAUGCAAAAAAUUUAAGGCAAACUGGGGGGUGGGGUAGCAGCAAAAUGGUCUUAAUCUUACUAAUAUUACAGAUUUCUCUUUUUUUUAAUCUGGAAGAAACUAAUGAAAUGUUUAGCCCAUUUAUUUUUAGCCUUAAUGGCUUGCAAAAGAGGGGAGUACAAAUAUUAACUUUGUAAUAUUUAUAUAGAAAUGUGUUCUUGGAAGUUCACUCAGAUUAUUCGUAUGUCACAAAUUCAGACAGAAUUAUAAGGAAUUGAACUAAAAUGGAACUAAUAUAUAUACACACACACAUACUGUAUAAGAAGGUUAUCAAGAUCUGGAAAUCACAGUAUGGAUGUGGGUCUCUUAUGAUGCAAAAAUGAAGACUAAUGUAGUAUAUUGUUUUGGUAUGCACUUUUACCGUCAUUGUUCCAUAUUAGAUUUUACUUACCCAACCAAUACUAUCAGAAAUUUGUCUAUGCAAAAGAAAGAUUCAGAUGGGAUUUGUGUGUAUUAAAAAUUAGGGCCCGAUAAGACACCCCAGUAAUAUAGUAAUUGUGGUGUUAAUUUGCUCCAGAAAGUGGGUCUUAGCUCAUCUGCUACUAGUCUCCUAAAAUGCCAAAUGUCUGUUGUUAAACUGGAGCUCGAAUUACAGAAAGCUCAAGAUCCAGACGUGUGCUGCCUUUUUCCACGGUUGCUUCAGUGCUGCCUGUUCUGAUGUUUGGAGCAGUAGCUCCGUUUCGGGACUGGCUCAUGUACAAUAGUCACAUUCCUUUUAAACAUCGCUGUGUUCUGCUGCAAGGACCAGCACCAGACGCCGCCAGUAAAGAUUCUGGCUCUGGAGGCGGAGAGGACUGGGGUGGGUGGGUUUAUUUUUUUACAAAUUUCAUUAAAUCACCCUUUAACCUGGAAUGUGUUAAUCCUGAAUGUUGUUAAUGCACUAUAGAAAGUAAGAGAGCCAUUUUAAAUCAAGUUUGUGGUCUAAUCAGUAUAGGGUGUUUUUUUUUCGUUCGAUUUCACAGGCCUGGGAAAUGCAAGAGCAGGUUUGCAGAAAAAAGCCUGAUAAGUGUUUUGAGCAAGACUUUUAAAAAACAUUUUAUUCAUUGUUGCUUUCAGAAUGGAAUCAAUGGGGCAUUGAUUAUAUCUACUUUUCUUUCUUCUUUCUUUCUUUUUUGACAGCUUUCUCAGAUGGUUUUAUCAAAAACUGUAACAUUUGUUUUUAACCCUGGAGAUGAUGGAAGUUCAUCUGCAGGGAGCCAUUUCGCUACCUUGGUUAAAUAUGCAAUUGCUUUAAAAAUGACCACAAAAAUUGAGAAUCUUAGAAUGGCUUCUGGACCCCAAAAUUAUUUUUUUAAGAGUGAUUAAACUUCUGGAGUACUAGCUUUAUAACUAUACUUAAUCGUAGCCUAGACAAUUGGUAUAAUCUAUAGUAGGAACUUCUCCUGCACAAGCAACAUUCAGUUGAGCUCGCACAGAAGAUGUUUCCAUUGUGCCCUUUCCACUACUGAGUAAACCAAAGUGCCUGUUAUAAAUGUAGCACUGUUUAUGCCAAGUUUUCAAAACAAAUUCAUUUUCAUUUGUUCGGCUCUUCUUCCACAUGCCAUACCUAACCAUGUGUGUGUAUUACACACUACCACUGCUAUAUCAGAUCAUGUUUUUUUGUUUAAUUUUGCAUAAGGCUUCACUAGGCAGAUCUCUGCAACUUCCCUGGGAUGUUACUCUGCCUGUUACAUAAUUAGGCUCUAUGGAAAAAGCUAAUCUUAACGUAAGCAGUGGUUAACAUGGUACCCAUGUGUUCUUACUGACACAUAUAUCCACUGUGUGAUGUGAUCACUUGUUAGUGAACUCCGACAGAGAGUGGACCCAUAAUAGCAAAUGGGAGCCACUAUAAUUUAUACUCUCAUUCUGCAGAGAAGAAAACAGAAGAUGCCGAAAAUGGCAGUGCCGAAGUGUUUAGACCGAAAUCCUCGCUUGGGCAAAACAGCUAUCACUAACAGACAGCAUUGCAUGGUGGCACUUCAUUAUGCUGCAAUUCCUAAAUUGUUGUUGUUCCAGUAACGAGAGAGCCGUGGGCAGAGAGGAGGCUGCUUGAGUGUUCUGUGUGUAACAGUCUUUUAAGGCAGAAGUUGAAAUUGGCUGGUGGGUCCACAUCACAUCACUAGUUAAGUAAGUAAUGCUGGGAAACAUUUUCAAUCCAUUAUUGAAGUACAAGUUGCCAUCACCCUUCCCCUGUACGUCACCCUUGUUGGGAUCCUUUUCAACAUGUGCAGGUCUUUGUGUGAGAGAGACUUGACAUGAUAAAUAAUGGAUGCGAAAUUAGAUUUUAUAUAAUGUGAGAAAUACCUUUGGUUUGCUCCCAAAAGUAGAGGAAGAGUGCUCUUGAAAAUCUAGACCCAAAACGAAAUGUUUAUGAAAAAGAAAUGCACUUCCUUUCCUCGGAAAUCAGAAACUGCAUGCAGGACAAUAUUUCAUCCAUGGUUUUGUGGUGUUUCAGAGAGAAAUUUUAAGGAAGCCCGGUUACCAUGAGCAAAUGAAAGACUGAAUGUUAUCAGAUGAGCUUUCCAUGUUUUUUUUAAUCCUGUGCCUUAAAAAAAGGAAAGCUUAACAAUUUGUGUUUAAACCUGAGCUUUUGUACUUUGUAUUUACCAGUCUUUUUCUUGUAUGUGCUCUUGAAACUGUUCGGUGCAGUGUUUCUGCUGGUAAGGAAAGCAGCACUUCCCAUUUGGAGCUACUGUAAUCCAAGCGCCAAGUCAGAGUGUUAUCUGGAUCUUUGUGUUUUGAACCUUUUCUUUAGCAGACCUGUGGCAGCUGGUAAAAGAAGAGUACUUUCUUUGCUCAAAUAAUUCUGCAGUUGCAUGUAUUUAUUCAAUAAAUGAUUCAUAUGGAAAUCA